UGCACCUUUCUCACACGCUCUCCCGCACGGCAUUACGCUCAACGCGCGCGUCUUGUUCCCCUUCCCACACCUGCUCAAGACAAACAAACACACAGCAACGGAGUCCACAACUGUGCCCCCAAACACGCUGCGUUGAAAUUUUCGCAGUAGACUCGUCUUCUCUUUUCUUUCUUUCUUUUUAGUUUCAUCUUUCUGCAACCCAAGCAACAAUGUCCGACGUGGAAACUACCGCCACUCCCACCAAGUCCUCCGCCUGGACCGAGGAGGCCAAGGUAGAGCUGCUCCUCCGCAUCAUCGUCCAGCUCCGCGAGGACGGCAAGCAGGUCAACUGGUCGCGCAUCAACAUGCCCGGCCGUACCCUGAAGAGCAUGCAGAACAUGUGGACCAAGUUCAACAAGGAGAUUGCCGAGCUCAAGAACGAGGAGGGCGCUGAUGGCGGCGGCGGCGGCGGCGGCGGCGGCUCCAAGCCCGCUACUCCCACCCGGGCCAGAGCGACCCCACGUGGCCGCGGCCGUCCCAAGAAGUCCGAGGCGAUUGUGGCUCCCGGAGCCAGCGACGACGAGGAUGACAACAAGGUCACCCCAAAGAAGCGCGGCGCGGGUCGUGCCGCAGCCAAUAGUGCCUCCAAGAGGAUCAAGAAGGACGACGAAGAGGACGUCAUCAUCAAAGAAGACGUCGAAGGAGGCGUCGACGAGCUCGUCAAGACGGCCGAGUCUGAGAUCGAGGAGUCUGUCGAGGUCUAGGCUUGUCGUGCCCUU